AUGGCAACACCGGAGGAGCGUUUAGUAGCUCAGGCGGUAGAAUGUUUUGGUCACAUUAUUGAGCCUAUACCUCCGCAUCCGAGAUCCACAUCGCUGGCUACGACGGGCUUGCACCCGCUGGUGACCGAACUAGAACCAUAUCGGGCCUGGAUACGCGGUAAACUUACUGAUGAUGAGUUUGUAUCUCGCGGAUGGGAUUGCGCGGAUCCUUCUCAGUUUCAAAUACGGCGAACAUGGGCUAUAAAGUUAGAUGAGACGUUCGACUUUCCCGAAGAGGGGAUAUCACCUAGUGCUAUUCCUUCACUGUGUCCAGAUCUAUGCUUGGUCCCACACAACACCCAAGUACUUCAUACCGAGACGACUAGCCCGGGAAUGGCUCCUAGCUCGCACCUCUCUUCCCAACAAACAGUCGAGACAGGAAAUCAAAUAGCCAGUCUAAUUAGUGGGAAGGAAGGGAAAGGGGUUGAAGGGGGGGGCCGAGAUGCCAGGGACCGGGAAAUUAAACAACGAGAAAACGAUCCGCAUUACUCUACUGUUUCGCAGAGAACUACAGCUUCCACAGGAUUGAAUCAACCGAAGCCUAUGGACAUAACGUUUAUACUCGGACCCGAGCUCUCGGGGGAUGGAUGA